AACAAACAAUCCAUUUGCUCCUAAGCCUGUUUCAACUAGUGCUUCACCAUUCAACUCGUUUAACAGUACAGUUGCAAGUUCGAGCCCAUUCACAUCGUCCACUAGUACCACAAUGUUCGGACAGACAGGUGUUUCCCCAUUUCAAGCAAGUAGCUCACCAUCUUUGUUUGCAAAUACCACUCCUUUUGCUUCAUCAACGUUGUUUGGCACAUCAACUACGAAUAAUCCAAAUCCAUUCGGCACCGUCUCGUCAUUGGCUAACACGCAAUCGGCCCCACUAUUUCAACCUGCCCCAACAUUUGCACAACCAUCAAGUACACCAGCUUUCUCCUCUGGAAACCUAUUUAGCACACCACCUGGCAGUCUGUUUGGCAGCGGACCUUCACCUUUUUCAACGCCAACAUUUCAGACAUCUGCCCCUGUUCAAACGCCAAACACAUUCUCCUUCCAACCUCCAACUCAACCAGCUUCUACAGGUGGUUUCCCUGGUUUUUCCAACACUGCUAAUCAGGCCCUCAUUGGACAACAAUCUCCUAGCCAGUCCAAUAUGGUCAUGCAGCCUGCUCCUGUUUCAAAUCCAUUUGGGACACUUCCAGCAAUGCCUCAGAUGUCCAUUGGGAAUGGCGGAUCUUCUCCUUCAGUUCAAUAUGGAAUAUCAAGUCUGCCGGUUAGUCACCGCCCCCCAGCUUUUAUAAUUGUUUUUGUAGAGCGGAUGGAAGCUACAGUAGCAAGAUGGUUGUUGUGCAUUGGGAAUGUUUGGUUGCUGAGAAGCCUCUUCCGACUAGAACAUUGUCCAUUGGCUGAUAAGACUGUCAAGUCACCAAGCAGCAGUUAUCUGGUGGAAAAUGGCCAGCAGCAUGAACCCAGUCAUCAUGGGAAUGGGAAGGGUACUUCAGUUGAGAGGCUGUUGCCUAAGCUCCCGCGGGAAGAUUACUUCACGGAGCCUAGUCUGGAGGAGCUUGCUGCUGGUGAGCCAGGCUACUGCAGUCGGGUGAAAGACUUUGUUGUGGGGCGCCAUGGCUAUGGCAGCAUCAAGUUCCUGGGGGAGACAGACGUGAGGGGCUUGGGUGAGGGGCUGAACAAGGCUGCGGAGGUGACUCUUCUGAACAUCAAAUGCAUGAACAAGAAGACCGGGGAGCAGUACCGAGAGGGCCCGCGGGUGGAGAGGUACAGGGACAUGCUGAUGAUGAAGGCGGAGGAGCAGGGCGCGGAGUUCGUGUCCUUUGACGCAGCCAAGGGAGAGUGGAAGUUCAGGGUGAAGCACUUCAGCGCCUACGGGCUCUGGUGAAAU